CUGAGCCAAUUUGAAAUCAUUCCACUGAGGAACGUAAAGUGCAGCAUUCAACUGGAGUCAAGAAUUCAGCAGGACAAUGAGCAGGCAAAAGUUUGUACUGAAUAAGCUAGCUCAGACCUUGCAAAUCCGUAAUAAGCUAGCACGUCAGGGACUGGCUGAAUGCUUGGGGACGCUAAUCCUGGUGAUGUUUGGUUGUGGUGCAGUGGCUCAGUUAACACUCAGUAAAGGAUCUCAUGGCAUCUUCCUCGCUGUAAACCUAGCCUUUGGCUUUGCAGCCACACUCGGAAUCUUGGUGUGCGGCCAAGUCUCAGGCGGUCAUCUGAACCCAGCUGUAACUUUUGCCCUCUGCCUUCUUGGAAGGGCAAAAUGGAGAAAGUUUCUGGUGUACUUUCUUGCUCAGACAAUUGGUGCCUUUUUUGGGGCUGGUAUCGUCUUUGGCAUGUAUUAUGAUGCCAUCAAGGUACAUGAAGAUCAAGACAGUGAUCUAAGUGAAAUUUUUGCCACCUAUCCUGGUAAACACCUUAGUAUCGCUAACGGCUUUUUUGAUCAGGUGAUAGGCACAGCUGCACUGAUUGUGUGCAUCCUGGCCAUAGUAGACCCCUACAACAACCCCAUCCCACAAGGACUUGAGGCCUUCACUGUGGGAUUCACUGUACUUGUCAUCGGUUUAUCUAUGGGCUUCAAUGCAGGCUAUGCUGUAAACCCAGCUAGGGACCUGGGGCCUCGUCUUUUCACUGCCAUUGCAGGCUGGGGUGCAGAAGUCUUUAGGCAGGCCUGGUUCCUGGUGCCUAUCUUUGCACCAUUCGUGGGGACAGUCAUUGGAGUGAUUUUGUACCAACUGAUGGUGGGUUGGCAUACAGAAGGGGAGGCACGGGACAAGCAAGAGGCAGCACAAGAGAUUACUGUCAAGUUAAAUGAUGUUGAUUCUUCAGCUUCCUAAGCUGGGUUGAUUAAUAUAGCAACUAGACCUACAACUGUUUUGCUCAUGAUUCAAUAGGUUACGAGCAAUGACACAAUUCCAAGAGGUAUUCUUGCCUAUCAUGGAGGGAAUCCUGUAAGGAAGAACACAGCUGUCUAUCUUCAAUUAAUUACAUUUCACAAAAUUGCUAUCAUACAAUACAGUAUAUACUUAUAAGUGCUUUGUUAUCUGUGCUCUGUACUCUAUAUAUCCUCAUGACAUAAGCCUAAAUGCUCUUUCUUCAUGACGAAUUAUAUUAAUUCUAGAAAGGAAAGAAAUAAUGGAAACAAAAUUCAAAUCAUGGAAAAGCAUUACAACCUUUGCAUUUACAAUAUAUUUUGUACUAUUUGAAAUGUUUCUGUAUUAAUAUCAUGCUGAGAUUUUUUUUUGUACUUAAGUUGAUUAUGACCAUGUGAGCAUUAGUACAUGUAUGCACACUUGCUAAUUUUCAUUUCGGUGUAAAUAUAUUUUUUUCAGUCAGGCAAGAAACUUAUAGGUGAGUGAUGAACUUCUGUUAUUUGUUAACUGUUAUAUCCUAUGUAAAUUGUUUAGGAGAAUUCUUAGCUGUUCUAUUAUGGCUAAAAUAGCAUAUUAGCAUCUUAGUAAUGUUGAUCAGUGCUGAAGAUGGAUCACUUGGCACCCUGGUGUGGAAGUCUGAUUUCGCCAACCACCCCAGCCCCACAUAGUAAAUGACAGAGUAUAGUUACCUUUAUCUAUAGCCGACCUUUAUCUAUGACACUUCUCAUUAUUAUUCUUAAAUUGUGUGCCUGAUGGUUUUUCCCUUCUUGUUUCAACUUUUGGAAUGGCUAAAGUUUAUCCAAAAUACUAGCAUUUCUGCUGUUUGAGGUUGAGUGGUUACUCAUCCCCCAAGAGUAAGUCAAGGGUCAAGAGACUAAACCAAGUAGGAGGAGGCAUGGAGGAGGUGCAAAGGACAUAUUUUUGUAAAAGGUUAGAGGUGGACUGGUAGCUCCAUGUGAGAAAGGCAGUGAUGAUGGUGUUUGACGUUUGCACCCAUUCUGACAGUUAAAUAUCUGCUGAAUGAUCCCACAUUUUUUGGCUAGACUUUUCUAAACAGCACAAAUAGAAGGGCCAGCGAACUGAUCAGGGGAGCUCACCAGCUACAGAAACAUUGUGCUUGUGUUGAUAUUAUAUUUAUCCAACAUGCAGCAACUUGAACGGUGCCGCCCUGGGCGGAACCAUAUUGCCCAUGCCAAAAUCCAUAUCUGAUGUUCAUAUACUUUGACUAUAAGUAAAGAAUUCACUACAA